AUGAAUUACCACCUUCGCUUUGAGGAUGCUGGCGAGGCUGUGGACGAGAGUUCUAACCUCGACGAAUCCAUGUGUGACAUCGAGGAAUCUGAUGAUAAAACCAGUGCUGACUAUUAUUUUGAUUCCUACUCUCAUUUUGGAAUUCAUGAAGAGAUGUUGAAGGACACUGUAAGAACUAAGACAUAUCAAAAUGUUAUAUACCAGAAUAAGUUUCUGUUCAAGAAUAAAGUAGUUCUUGAUGUUGGAGCUGGGACUGGGAUUUUGUCUCUAUUCUGUGCCAAAGCGGGGGCAGAGCAUGUCUAUGCCGUUGAGUGCUCCCAUAUGGCUGACAUGGCAAAGGAGAUUGUUGAAACUAAUGGUUUCUCUAAUGUUGUCACAGUUCUGAAAGGGAAGAUUGAAGAAAUUGAGCUUCCAGUUGCUAAAGUUGACAUAAUCAUCUCAGAAUGGAUGGGAUAUUUCUUGUUGUUUGAGAAUAUGUUAAAUUCUGUGCUCUAUGCACGAGAUAAAUGGCUUGCGGAAGAUGGAGUUGUGCUACCAGAUAAGGCAUCCCUCCAUCUCACUGCCAUUGAAGAUGCAGACUAUAGAGAAGAUAAAAUUGAGUUUUGGAACAAUGUAUAUGGAUUUAACAUGAGCUGCAUCAAGAAGCAAGCAAUAAUGGAGCCUCUUGUUGACACAGUCGACCAGAAUCAGAUUGCUACGAACUGUCAACUACUCAAGACAAUGGAUAUCUCAAAGAUGGCACCUGGAGAUGCUUCAUUCACAGCACCUUUUAAGCUUGUAGCCGAACGUGAUGACUAUAUUCAUGCUCUUGUUGCAUAUUUUGAUGUAUCAUUCACAAAGUGUCAUAAAUUGAUGGGCUUCUCUACAGGACCAAAAUCACGAGCCACACAUUGGAAACAAACAGUCCUAUAUCUAGAAGAUAUCUUGACCAUUUGUGAGGGGGAGGCAAUUAUAGGGAGCAUGACUGUUGCACCAAAUAAGAAGAACCCUCGGGAUGUUGAUAUAAUGCUUAAGUAUUCUUUGAAUGGAAAUCGAUGCAAUGUUUCAAGGGUUCAAUACUACAAGAUGCGUUGA